AUGUCCUCAAAUGCUGAACUCUUGCCCUGCGCGUGGGAAUCUGAUCUGAGAUAUGGUGGUGGUGUUCCACGAGUUACGCUUGUAGUCAGGGCACUUAUGACACCAAAUAGCGCUACUUCAAUGACAAUACAUCUGCCUGGCAAAAUACAACCGAUCUCUUGUGGCUCGAAGACCAGUUUUGCUGUCAAUUACUCAGCGAAUGACUGGAGUCUUCACCCAAAAGUAUGCGCAAUGCUUGGUGGCAUGACCGCUGCAACUCUCACCUCUCCUCUUGAUGUCCUAAAAACCCGUUUGCAAUCCGACUUUUACCAAGCGCAGCUGCGAUCGCUCCGCGCCGCUCAUCCCUUGCCGCCGUCUUCGUCACUGUCAUCCCUUCCUCGGAGUGCUCUUAUGCACUUUAACGAAACGUUCCAAAUCCUGCGGUCGAUCCACGUGCAUGAAGGUUGGCGUGCUCUGUUCAAGGGUCUGGGACCCAAUCUGAUCGGAGUGGUGCCUGCUCGUGCCAUCAACUUCUACGUAUACGGGAACGGGAAACGGAUUCUGAGCGACCACUUCAACUAUACAAACUCCCAAGAAACACCCGUAGGAAUCCAUCUGACCGCCGCGGCUGUCGCCGGAAUCGCCACGGGAACCGCCACCAACCCGAUCUGGCUUGUGAAGACACGUCUACAGUUAGACAAAUCCAACGCCGAACACCACAAUGGCCAGGGACGGCAAUAUAAGAACAGCUGGGACUGUAUCAAGCAGACGGUGCGCCACGAAGGCAUCCGCGGCUUAUAUAAAGGACUUUCGGCAUCGUACCUCGGCGUGACAGAGUCGACGCUGCAAUGGGUGAUGUACGAGCAGAUGAAGAUGUUCCUUGCACGCAGGGAGUCGGCCAAGCGUGCCGAUCCCAACUAUACCUAUGGCACUUGGGACGAUGUGGAACUAUGGGGGGGACGAAUCUGUUCCGCGGGAUUGGCCAAGCUGGUCGCCGCGGCUGCCACCUACCCUCAUGAGGUGGUCCGGACACGCUUGAGGCAAGCGCCGACUGUGUCUAUUGGAGACGGCAAGGCGGUGAUGAAAUACACCGGUCUUGUACAGUGCUUCAAAACCGUCUGGAAGGAGGAGGGUAUGGUUGGGUUGUAUGGCGGCUUGACACCGCACUUGCUGCGUGUCGUUCCGUCCGCCGCCAUCAUGUUCGGAAUAUUUCUGGUUGACUUGGUAUUAUCUGUUCUAUCUGGGACCGGUGUCCUGCUCAUCUGA